AUGCCGUCGUCCACCACCAACUCUCCCGCCGCCCGUCGGGCUCGCCAGUCGGCCGACGCCGUCGAGGUCCCUAACACUGCUCCUCCUCCCUACCCCGGAGACAACACCUACGACCUGACGCCUCUCCCGCACACGGUCAACCGCCCUCGCCUGCCCGAGGACCGCCGCAACCCCCACCUCUCCCAUGUUCCUGUCGACACCGCUAUUGUCAAGUUCCAGACGAUAGUCCGCGAGGGCAAGGAGAUCAUUAUCGGCCGCAUCAAGGUCAGCACUCCUGGCGAGAACCAGCACGCGUUCAUCCUCCGCCGCUACGACACCAACGCCAUCUCGCUUAGCACCAUGUUCCGCGUCGCUUUCCCCGGCGCUUCGCCCGCCGAGGAGGAGCGCGAGAUCGACUGGGUCAACUCCACUUUCGACACCUCUGGCACCAACGGCAACUCGGGUGGCCGCAACUUUGUCAAGCUCGCUGGCGAGUGGGUCGACCGCCGCACUGCCAUCCACCUCGCCCCCGCCUACGGCCUGAAGGACCUCGUUGCUACCCUUGCCCGCGCCGAGCCUGACCCGUCCGUCAAGUACCGCAUGUCUCAGCGCUCUCAGGCUGCCGCCGAGGAUCUGCAGCGCAAGAAGGAGGCUCAGGCCACCGGCACCGGCGGCAGCUCGCGCGCUGUUCCCUCGAUGUCGGCUACCGACGCUGCUCAGCCCUCGCCGAAGCGCGCCCGUCAGGCUCCCCGCGCCGAGGGCACGCCCCGCCGCCUCACCCUCGAGGCCACGACGACGGUCACUGCGCCCCCGAACGCCACCAUCGACAUGAACGCCGAGAUCGAGUCUGCCAAGCAGCUUGUUCGUGACCUUAAGAGGGAGCUUCAGCUGCGCCAGGCCGCGGGAGAGGACAUCGAGGAGGCCGGCAACUCGGAGCGCGGUAUCAAGCGUCUCCCGGACGACGACGGUGUCACCAUCUCCUCGGGCCAGGGCAAGGGCGGCGAGCGUGUCAUCCGCACGAACAGGCGUGUCCAGCAGGGCGGCGUCGCCCAGGCCGUCAAGACGGCCGCGUACGGCACCAUGCUCUUCGGCCUUGGUGUCUCGGCAGCUCUCUUCCUCCCCCAGCUCGCUUCGAACUUCAUGUAA